GGUGAAAAGCAAACCAUGCAGAACCUCAGUGACUGGCUGGCCAGUUACCUAGACAAAGCCCUGGAGGAGGCUGAUCUGGAGAACAAAAUCAAGGAGUGGUAUGACAAAUUUGGGCCAGGGUCUGGAGUUGGUGGAGCUGGAAGAGAUUACAGCAAAUACUAUCCAAUCAUUGAAGAUCUUAGGAAUCAGAUCCUUACUGCCACUAUUGAAAAUGCUGGGAUUGUUCUGCAAAUUGACAAUGCCAGACUGACUGCUGAUGACUUCAGACUGAAAUACAAGAACGAGCUGCAUCUCCGGCAGACCGUGGAAGCUGACAUCAAUGGCCUGCAGAAAGUGCUGGAUGACCUGACCGUGACUCGCUCUGACUUGGAGAUGCAGAUUGAGAGCCUCACAGAGGAGCUGGCCUACCUGAAGAAGAACCACCAGGAGGAAAUGAAGAGUAUGCAACGAAGCUCCGGAGGGGAUGUGACCGUAGAACUGAACCCAGGGACGGACCUGACUAAGUUACUGAAUGACGUGAGGGCACAGUAUGAGGACCUGGCUGAGCAGAACCACUGCGAGGCUGAAGAGCAGUUCAACGAGCAGAGCGCAUCUCUGCAAGCACAGAUCUCUACCGAUGCUGAUGCCAGGCCAGCCAGUUCCACCAAGAAUGAGAUCACAGAACUGAAACGCACUCUGCAAGCCCUGGAAAUUGAGCUGCAGUCCCAACUGGCCAUGAAAAGCUCCCUGGAAGGAACCUUGGCUGACACGGAGGCUGGCUACAUGGCACAGCUGUCACAAAUUCAAAUGCAGAUCAGCGGCCUGGAGGAGCAGAUCUGCCAGAUCUGGGGUGAGACUGAACGCCAGAACACAGAGUAUGAGCAGCUGCUGGACAUCAAGACCUGCCUGGAGUUGGAGAUUGAUCCCUACCACUGCCUGCUUGAUGGAGAAGGAGGGCAAAUGAAAAAACUCGGGAUCAGAAACACGGGGUCCAGAAACACCGGAUCCAGGGAUUCAUCCAUGUCUAGUGACUCAAGAUCUGGAAGCUGUUCUGUCCAAGGAAGAGAUCCAAGCUAGACUAGAGUGACUAAGACCAUCGUAGAGGCGGUGGUGGAUGGCAAAGUUGUCUCAUCUCAAGUCAGCAACCUUUCUGAGGUGAAGCUUAAAUAGGCAAUUUCCAGAUCAACAAGAGUGUCCUUCAGAGAAAACAAUC